UAAUAUAUUUUAUUUUUUGUUUUUUGUUUUUUUCUGUUUUUGUCUUCAAGCUGAUACAAACUCACAAAGCCGAAUCCUUUGCAUACAUAUAUAAAUAUAUAUUACAAACGCAUGGCAUGAAGAAGAAGACACAAAAACCAAAACCCAACGAGAAAACAGGAAAGUGUUUUUGUGCAACAAAGAAAACAAAAACAUAUAUAAUCAUUGGUAUUUCUGCUGCUUUUGAUUUGAGUUUUCUCAAAAGGCAAACACUCAACCUCUUGCUUCAAGCUUUCCAAAUUGAAAAGAAGAUACAUAAGAAGAUUCAACCACAGAAAGAGAGAGCUUUUUCUUAACUUGGCUUAGCUUCAACAAAUUAAUACGAUUCUCUCCUUGAGUUAAAAUUGAAAGUAAAGAGCUUGAUCAAGGAGUUUUAGUCUUGAAUUUGAUUGAAUUUCGUUAUUGAAGAGGUGUGAAUUUGAACAUGGGAGAUCAUUUUGUUUUGCUGGUGGAUCGGUUGCUGACAGAAUCCACUCUAGAAGCUGCAAUCGAGAGCAGAAAUCGGUCUCUCGAAGCGGCGAAAUCAACAGUUGAUGACUCAGAAGUCGAGAAUUUUCCCCAGAAGAUUGAGUUCAGAGACAUAUCAACUCCAGGGAAAGUGGUGGAGUGCAGGAUUUGCCAAGAUGAAGAUGAAGAUUCAAAUAUGGAGACACCUUGCUCUUGUUGUGGCAGCUUGAAGUAUGCUCAUCGCAGAUGUGUACAGAGAUGGUGUAAUGAGAAGGGUGACACCACUUGUGAGAUAUGCCACCAGCAAUUCAGGCCUGGUUACACAGCUCCACCUCCCCUUUUCCAGUUUGGACACAUUCCAUUGAGCUUCAGGGGAAACUGGGAAAUCUCCAGGAGGGAGUUGAAUAAUCCACGAAUCAUUGCGAUGGUCUCAACUGACCGGAAUUUCCUGCAUUCACCUACCUAUGAUGACUAUUCAGCUUCGACUACACGAAGCUUGAUCUGCUGUCGUUCAUUUGCUCUAAUCUUCAUGAUUCUUCUAAUUUUAAGGCAUACACUUCCCCUCAUACUUAAUGGAUCCAAUGAAUUUACCUUCCAAUUGUUCUUGAUUUUGUUUCUUCGAACCCUCGGCAUUGUUCUUCCAAUCUAUGUCAUGGUACGAGCAGUAACUGCUUUUCAGCGCCACCGCCAUCAACCUGAGCCCCCAAGUUCAUCGUCGAACGAAGAAACUCAACAUUCGACGACCCCUCAGCCGCAUGCCCAGAUCCUUCAUGUCAUCUAAGCAAUGGUUGAAUCAUUAUUGGCUUGUGAUCAGCAGCAUUUAAAUGCAUUAUGACUCACUGCAGAGUUCUGGUGGGGAUUUUAAUUAGCUUUGCAAAGAAAAAGAUUGUAGGGUCAGAAAAAAAAGUUAUGCCAUUGUACAUAGAAACAAUUAUACUAUGACUACCAAAGCAAGCAAAAUCAAAAGAUGAAGUGUAGAUUUGUAAAUGGGAUAGUGUAAUUGUUUGGCAACUGUGAAAAAGAAAAAGAAAAAGA